AUGAUGGAUGAGCAGGCGGAGGUAGAACAUGUGUUCGAGGACCUGGACAUCGAAGGUGGUCCCUUCAAUGAUGAGGAGUAUGUCACUUCAGUGGGUGGUGUCACAGAGAGCUUUGACAUCCUGACAGGAGUGCUUCAGGGUGACAUCUUGGCCCCUUUUCUCUUCAUCAUUGUACUCUACUACGCCCUGAGGAAGGCCAUCAACAUUAGAGAAGAGGAGCUGGGUUUCACCAUAGUGCCCCGCAAGAGCCGGCGAUUGUCUCAUGUGAUGAUCACUGACAUGGACUUUGCGUAUGACAUCGCACUGGUCUCAAAUACAGUGGAGCAGGCUCGAACCCUUUUGUUAUCAGUUGAGGAGGAGUGUUUGAAGGUUGGCCUACAGCUGAACACAAAGAAGACCAAGGUGCUCGCCUAUAACAUCAGUGGCACAGCUGUCUGCACGAGAGAUGGUACAACUCUCAAGGUUGAAUCUGACUACAAGUACCUUGGAGCUAGGAUCAGCUCCAGGCAUUGCGUCCGUCACCUCGAGCUGGCUGCUAGCCAGAUCAUUCUCUGGGAGACCACAUUGGGCACUGCCUCACGUGGGAGAAGAAAUAUCUCCUUCGUGGACAUGCUGAAACGGGAAACCAGCUUGACCACCGCUGAAGAGCUGCGCUCCUGCAUGCUGGACCGGGACAUGUGGACCAAGAUCAUUGGGAGGGCUCGAGCUGCCAAAGGGCCUCAACUUGAUUGA